CCGAUGUAUUCGUAUAACGAGUGAAACUGAAAUAGUGGUUGUUUGUAAAGAAUAUCAUUGUAGCUACUACGAAUAUAGAGGCGAUUACUCUGAGAAGUCGUGCGUUACAAUGGAUGAAGAGUACGAGCGUCUGCCGUUGGCAUACGCUGACAUCGAGACACCAAACGAUAUAGACGGGCGCAAUGGUUCUACACCCCACAAGUUAUGUGACAAAUGCUAUUCGACAGCUAAAAACAAUACCAAAUAUUCUAGCUUUUGUAAUGUUUUUAUUACUGUUAGCUUCUGGUUGUUAGUGGCGGUUGCCAUGGGUAUCUGGCUCCGACAACAUACCGCAUCUUCACAAACUUUGCUUCCUAACGCUGUAGUUAGUCGAUUGAAGACUAAACUAUUUAUGCCAAAUGAGCGUUUCAACCCUGGCAAUCAGACCAAGGAAAGCGAUGAUGCAUGGGCUGAGAUGCACUCAAGGUUUGUGAUGAUUGACAAUCCUGAGUAUUAUAAACUCCCCCCCUCUUUAGAGGGGAAGACCGAAGGGAGCCAGGUAUAUGCGGUUGCCGUUUUUCAUCAGCUGCAUUGCUUGAGAAUUAUAAGGGGAGCCUGGUACGCCGUUAUCAAGGAUGGUCCUGGGAUUCUAGAUGGCCCAGUAGACCUUCCUGGACACCCAGCGUACAAGGCGCUGGGUGGUCAUGUUGCUCACUGCUUCGAUUACAUCAGGCAGGGACUGAUUUGCGCUGGCGAUUCUAGCAUGGAGGCCUUCUUGGAAAGUGAUGGCGUGACGUUGAGACCGCAAGGAUCUAGCGGGUGGGGAGUAGAGCAUAAAUGUGUUGAUUUUGACGCCUUGAUUAGGUGGACAGAGACACAUAAGGAUCCAGGCCCAUAGUAGUCAUUAUCUCAAACUUGACUUAUAACAACAAUGCCACAGUAAUGUACAAUAGGGUUAUUGUUUAAUUGGAGAUUCAAAAGCAAAACUACUCAAUACGCACCUUCAUGUACAUCCAUCUAGCUAGUUUUACACUCUGUUGAUCAACCAGCCUCUCAAAAAUAUCAGCCCACCAAAAGACAAUAGGCGCUACAAGUAAAAAUCCCAAAAAGAGGCCGCUGUAAUUCGAGAAUGAUAAAUUCUCACCAAGUCCACAAAUAUAGGAAGUAAUACCGUACCCAAGACUAUGGAGUAUUGGGCCGUGGACAAUAUAUAGAGCAUAGCUGAUUUUGCCGAGGUAUCUCGCGAAUGAAUUGUCAAAAGCUCUUCGUAGUAUAAGGGAAUUCUCGAAAGCCCAGAAUACUAGUAUAGCUCCAAAAGUAUGCCAGAUAUUGUAAUUGAGUGUUAUCCGUGAUAGCAAGACAUAGCCCGGUGUCUUGUGGCCGUUUCGGAUAGGAAACGAGAGGAGAAGCAAUCCCAGGAUAAGAGGGACCAAGCUAAUAACAAGGCACCAGUAGCGAUUGGAAGUUACCAGUGGCGCCCGAUUCAUAGCCGCGAGAUCGGCGAACAACAUGCCACACAUGAAGAGAGCCAUAUGCCACUUGCCACACCACAUGCAAUAUAGCCCGAGCGCAGCCGAGAUGGCUAAGCGAUAUAAUCGGCGUAUUCGUGAGAUACAUGUUAAAACCAGGAAUAACACCAGAGAAGCGCGAAACUCAAUAGGUAUUGUCCACAGGUGGGAAUCGUAAACGUAGUCAGCAACCCGCCAAUCCCACGGAUUUGUGAGUUCGUCGACAACAAAUCGGCACCAAUCGGUGAACUGGUCACGCGCAUUGACAAAACGACGGGGGCGAGGCUCAAUAACACCCGGCAAUGUUGCGUACUCCAGCGAAUCUUGAAGGCGUAGUCGAACGGUUACCAUAACAAGAAAGGUAGAUAUAAUGGUUGGGAGGAACAGUCGUAUACCUCUGCGGAAGAUGGCCGAUGCUAGCGUAUCUGAUAAUUGGGAUGCCGGUCCGUGGUGAACAAGCAUAAAAGGCUUAUAAGAAAGCGCAUAGCCAGAUAUAAUGAAGAAGAUGGCUACCAUGGGGACGCCGGAAUAGAAUACGCGAAUGAUAGGAAGCUGUAGAAACGAAUUGUGUUCCUCCCCAAAACCAUAUCCAAAUCGCUUAGCAGGCUCAAAGGGUUCUAAAAAGUGAGAAAUAAAUACAAUAAGAGAUGCAUAUCCGCGGAGUCCGUCGAGAAAUGACACUCGGCUAGCGGUCUUUUCAUGGCCAGCAGAAUUGUCGAUGGCUGCAUUUUGCAGAUAGACUGGCAUCAGCAUAUUGAAUGCACGACUGAGUGUCCUUGAAUGAUGUAUAUCCAGGCCCAUCAUUGCUAUGAGCGUAAGUCUUAAAACAGAAAAACGGAAGGAUAUUGAAAAAGAAUAUAACCAACAAUAGCAAAAGCGACAAAUACUAAAUUUCGCCGCCAAAUAGUUUCAGGCUGGCUAGGUUUGGUCAUAAUGGGC